AUGACUAACAUAACGUGUCAAUUGCUUCAUAACAAAAUUAAUUGCAAUGGCACGAUAUUCGUGGAAGAAGAACCACUCACAUACACCGAUGAAUGGUUCUGGAUUUACCUGGGCAUUUACGUGGGUCUUGUGCUGCUUGCAGGUCUGAUGUCAGGGUUAACUAUGGGUCUUCUCUCUCUGGAUCUGAUGACCCUUAAAAUAAUGAAGGAUGGGGGAACCCCAAAACAACAGAGACAGGCCAAGAAGAUCCUCCCCAUCGUAAAGAGACACCACCUUCUCCUUGUCACAUUACUGCUGGCUAACGCCGCCGCGGUGGAGGCCAUGCCAAUCUUCUUAGACAGAAUCUCUAGUCCCGUGAUAGCCAUUCUUGUUUCUGUCACUGCUGUACUUAUAUUUGGAGAGGUUGUUCCACAAGCAAUAUGUACCAGAUUUGGACUGGCCAUUGAAGCGACAUUAGCCCCCAUUGUUUACCUGCUGAUGGCCCUCCUAUUUAUAAUAGCCUGGCCACUGUCCAAGCUCUUAGACUGUGUUCUGGGUGAGGACCACGGGACUUUCUUCCGUCGAGCCCAGCUCAAAGUUCUGGUAGAUCUGCAUGGUCCUAACUCUGAAGCCAAUGUACACCACACACAGGAUGAGGAUGAUGAUGAACCUCUGUCCAUUGACGAAGUUCUAAUAAUUAAGGGUGCCCUUGACAUGAAGAAUAAAACUGUGAAGGAUGCCAUGUUGCCGCUUUGUGAUGUGUUUAUGGUUGAUGCAGAUGCAGUGAUGGACAAAGCUACUAUGUGCAAGAUUCUCCAUCAGGCUCACUCAAGAGUUCCUGUGUAUGAACAUGAUGCAAGUAAUGUGGUAGGUCUCCUGCUGGUAAAAAACUACAUCAUGUUAAACCCAGAGGAUAAGACCCCAGUCCGAGACCUACUGAAGAAUGAAUGCACGACAAACCUGAUGCAUGUCAAUGAUGACUUGCCACUCUAUGAUCUAUUAAAUAUGUUCCAAACAGGAAAAAGUCACUUAGCAUUUGUGAGAAAACACACAGAAAUAACAGAGACAGUUGAAGGUUAUGAAGUGGAAUUUCUGCCAGAGACAAAUGAGAUCAUUGGAAUAAUAACCUUGGAAGACGUGAUCGAAGAAUUAAUUCAGGAGGAGAUAAUUGACGAGACAGAUGUUUACAUAGAUAUCCACCAAAGAAUUCAGGUCGCCAGGGCAAAGGCCAGGAGAAAUAUGCUUAAUCGACUUCACUCCCUCGAACAUGACAGGAGUAAUCUCCCUUCUGCCAGUAACCCAACUGAGUUAGAUGAUUUAGCCCAUCAGGCAAUGAUAAAGAGUAAAUCCCAGCCGGCACUGAAGAGGUCCCCUGUUAAGAGGGCGGUGUCAGGGUCCCUCCCAGAGGACAGUAACAUGCACCCCCCUCAGGAGGAUGACGAUCAAGCUCCUCUCCUACGCAGCGUGGUCUUCACCUGAACAGAACUUCUAUAGAAGCCACUUAUUACUGUUAAACAUCAUUAUCAACUGCUGAUGAUUAUAAGCUUCUCUUCUAUGCCCUGUGGUACAGUUAAUGUAAAAACUGCUGUAGAAACUAUACUGUAAAUCUUUAUGAUCUACUGAUCAAGCUCUUAUACAAAGCCUGAACAGACUUUCUGUGUGGAAUCUGCUGGCCUACAUUACACUGUAAAUCUUGAUUAUCUACUGACCAAGCUCUUCUACAUAGACUGAACAGAACUACUAUAGAAACUGCUGGCCUAAAUUAUACUGUAAAUCUUCAAGAUCUACUGAUGAUCAAGGUCUUGAAAAUAGCAAAUAAAACUGCUGACAUACACUAUAUUGAAUCUGUAGAAACUGCUGGCCAGCAUUUUCCUAUAUAGUGACCAAGCUCUUCUAGCUUGAACAUAAAUUCUGUAGAUUUUCGUAUGUAGUGACCAAGAUUUUCUACAAAGUUUUAGCAGAACUACCGUAGAUUUUACUAUCUAGUGACCAAGUUCAUCUACAUAUAGCUUAAACAGAACUACAUGUACUGUAGAUUUUCCUAUCUAUUGACAAAUUCUUCUACAAAUCUUGGACAGAACUACUAUAGAUUUUUCUGUUUAGUGACAAACUCUUCUACAAAGUUAAAACAGAACUUCUCUUUAUUUUCCUAUCUAGUGACCACUCUUCCAAAAAGUUUAAACAAAACUUCUGUAGAUUUUUUAUCUACUGACCAAGCUCCUCCACAAAGCUUGAACAGAACUACUUUAGAUUUUCCUAUAUGGUGAUCAAGCUUUUCUACAUAGCUUGAACAGAGCUACUAUGGAAACUUUAUUAUGUUUAUAGAUCUACAUUAUACCAAAAAAUGUUUUUUUUACUGUUGAUGUAAUUUACAGUGAAACCUCUUGGUGCAUUAUUUAAUUCCUGUUAAAGUUUGCCUCGCAAACCAAGACAAUCAUAAGAUGUACGUAUUUAUGUGGAU